AAAAAGAAAAAAAAAACAUAAAGUGAAAAAAAGAAAAAAGAGAAAAAGAGUGAAGAUGGGUUUGAAACUGAAAAAUGUCUUGCCAGUAUUUGUGUUCUUGUUGUUAGCAUCCACAGCUAAAGCCCAAACAGUCUUUGAUGUGACAAGUGCGAAAUAUGGUGGAAAGCCAAACUCUGAUAUUACCCAGGCUUUGAGCAAGGCUUGGACAGAUGCAUGUGCUUCAACAUCACCAAGUAAACUUGUUGUUCCAAAAGGAACAUUCAAGUUUUUAGGAACAACUUUUAAAGGUCCUUGCAAGGCUCCUAUUGCGUUUCAGCUCCAAGGAACAUUGCAGGCUCCAGCAGAUGGCAACCAACUCCCAAAGAAGGAUACUUGGAUUAGUUUCGACCACAUUGAUCGGCUCACCAUAUCAGGUGGUGGAACUUUUGAUGGCCAAGGAGCAAUUUCUUGGAAACAAAAUGAUUGCCACAAAAACAAAAAUUGCAAAUCUAUUGCCAUUAAUUUGAGGUUCAACUUCAUCACCAAUUCCAGAAUUGAGUACGUAACUACAAAAGAUAGCAAAAAUUUCCAUGUCAAUGUUUUGGGGUGCACCAAUGUUGCAUUCCACCAUUUCACCGUCUCAGCACCUAAAGAGAGCAUUAACACAGAUGGAAUCCACAUUGGGCGUUCAACUGGGAUCAGCAUCAUUGACUCAACCAUCAAAACUGGGGAUGAUUGUAUCUCAAUUGGCGACGGUACCAAAAAUCUCAACGUGACCAACGUUACUUGCGGACCAGGCCACGGAAUAAGCAUCGGGAGCCUUGGAAGGUACCCGAAGGAAGAACCCGUGUCCGGGAUCACAAUCAAGAACUGCACCUUGACUGAUACACAGAAUGGUGUGAGAAUCAAAACAUGGCCUGCUUCCCCAGCAGCUGGUACUGCCUCAGAUAUUCACUUCGAGGAUAUUAUCAUGGUUAAUGUUGGUAACCCUAUCCUCAUUGACCAAGAGUACUGCCCAUGGAACCAGUGCACACUAAAGGUUCCAUCCAAAGUUAAGAUCAGCAAUGUUAGCUUCAAAAACAUCAGGGGCACAUCUACCACUCCACUUGCUGUCAAGCUUGUAUGCAGCAAAGGCCUACCAUGUGAGAAAGUAGAACUGAGUGACAUUGAUUUAAAGUACACUGGAAACCAAGGCCCUCUUACCUCUAAAUGUACUAAUGUCAAGCCCACGAUUACUCGCGUGACAAAGCCUCUUUCUUGUGCAACCUCUGCUUGAUCUAACAAGUACAAACCAUGCUGAUGUUUCUCCAAAGGUGGAAAAUAUCAGUACGUUUUUGUUGUGAAUAAAUUACCCAUGAGCCUUGCUCAAGUGACAUGAUAUAGGUGGGGUGAGGGGGUAGAGGUUUUAUGUUCUAACCUCCUUGUAAUUAUUUUUUGUUCUGUUUUUCUUUUUUUCAUAAAUCCAUGUUUCCCUAGUUUCGUGCCUAUGUGCCUACUUAGGUUAUUGGAGUAAAUAACUAUACAUAGUAAGUUUAAACAGUUGAAAA